AUUUCAGAUCGGCCACUUGCCAUAAAGGCACGCAAUUGUGUAAAAGUUUUGAGGUUUAUUUGUGAGAGAUUUGGUUCGAAAAUUGUUGAAACUUGUCCUGAGAUGGUUAACGGGCACUUAUGGGACAUGGUCAAAGAAAACGAUGAUGGAGAGGAAUUCCUACUUCUAUUGGAUUAUUUUGGAGUUAUAUUUCCAGCAAUUACUGAUAAACGAAUACGUCUCUCUUUAAUUAAAGAAAGAAUAGGUCCAAAAAUUCCUCACAUAAUGGCAUUAUUAGGCAAUACAAAUCCUGCUAUUCGAUUUAGGGUCGCCCGUUUUCUGUCAAAUCUUACAGAAAUUGAGUUAUGCCCCAUGUUGAGACUUUUCUUCCAACCGCUUUCUCAAAUGAUAUCAGAUAAUGCUUCGACUUCUGUUGAAUGGGCUAUGUUAGGAGCAUCGGAGCUUUUACUUAGGUUAUCUACUAUUGCUAGCAAAUUGCUUGGUGCAAUAUCACUCAUAUCUCUGUUGGCACUACGCUGUAUUGGAGAUCGAAAUGAAUCGGUUCGAGCGGCUGCCGCCCUUGCCUUUCGUCAAUUUGUUGCUUUACUACCUUUAGAAAAUAGACAAAAUCAUUUUUUACACGAAUUGUUUGAUGAUAGCAAGUUGGAUGACAAAUCUGAGAUGACGAUGUUGCAGAACACAUACAUUAAUUCUUUCUCUCUAGUUGAUGUUCUUGGAUGUCCGGGCAAUUUACCAAAGUUAAGACGUGAUGAAAUUCCAUUUCUUGUUGAUACAUUGGAUUUACGUGAUUAUCAGAUUGAAGGUAUUACAUGGCUAACUUUUCUUACUCGGUUUGGUUUGAAUGGAAUUUUGGCUGAUGACAUGGGUUUGGGAAAGACUCUGCAAGUUCUUUCUUUGCUUUCCUGGGACUAUGUUCAACGGGUUAAUCAAAACAGAAAAAUACAAAAUAAAGAGGGCCAUUUGAAGUCUUCAUUAAUUGUUUGUCCGCGCACUCUUGUUGAUCAUUGGUGUAAAGAAUGGAGCUCAUUCUUUCCAUCUUCGCAGAUAUCUAUUCAAAAGAUUGCCAAUUAUAAAGAAGGAAGUAAUGAGGGACGUGAACGUAUUUUAGUUGUGUCCUAUGAGGAAUUGCGCUCUAAUAAAGAGAUACGUGAAUAUUAUUGGCACUAUUUGGUACUUGACGAGGGUCAUUGUAUUCGUAACCCAGCUAGUCAGUUAUUUGAGUCUGUUUGUGCCGUUAAAUGCUCUCAUCGUCUUAUAUUAUCUGGAACUCCUGUGCAAAAUUCACCUGCCGAUCUUUGGGCAUUAUUUACAUUUUUAAUGCCUGGUUACCUUUCAUCACGAACCGCAUUCCAAUCAAAAUAUAUGCGCCACAUUUUAGCAUGCAGAAAUGCUCGGGCCAGCGAGCAACAGAUUAAGGAAGGAGAACAAGCUUUACAGUCUCUACAUAAACAAUGUCUCCCUUUUUCGGAAGUACUGGCUGAAUUACCAGAAAAGAUUGUGCAGGACAGAGAAUGUGAAUUAACUGUGUUACAACGCAAUCUUUAUCAAUUAAUUGUUGAUUGCUGCUCUUUGAAUGCGCGUGAUGUUGAUAAUGAAUCAAUUCAAUGGCUGACACCAAUUCAAGUAUUACACGCACUUCGAAAACUUGUCGAUCAUCCUCUUUUGAUUUCGAAGCUUAUAAAGAAUUUAAGAUGUGAGGACACUAAUUAUAAUUAUCUCGCAGAGCAGUGUAUGCAAUCGCAUAUUGAGCAAUCAGGAAAGAUGUUAGCUUUAAGAGAAUUAUUAAAUGAAUGUCAGAUUGGAGAACGUUUCAGCGAAUAUGAUGUUAACUAUUCUCGUAGCAAAGGAUUAGAAUACGAACAAAAACUUGAACAAGUAUCUAGCACAAAUUAUUAUGAAUCACAAAAUUUUCUUUCUAAUACAACACACAAAGCUCUUAUUUUCUGUCAAUGGCGUGCAACCAUUGAGCUAAUUUCAUAUUUCCUGAAUCAUGGGGAAUUUGGUAGUGGAAUUAACUUUCUUGUUUUGGAUGGACAAACACCUCCAUCUCAGCGACAGUCAAUUGUGGACCGCUUUAAUACCAAUCCAAACGUGCAACUGCUAUUACUUACUACACAUGUUGGUGGAAUUGGUCUAAACCUGACUGGAGCUGAUGUCGUUAUAUUUAUGGACCAUGAUUGGAAUCCAUUCCGCGAUCUACAAGCGAUAGACAGACUUAUAACACUUGGGACUGUUGAAGAAAAGGUUAUGAGGCUACAAAAAUUUAAAACGGAUACUGCAAACGCUCUCAUCGGCGUGGAAAAUCGUUCACUUUCUUCAAUGGCAACUGAUGAUUUAUUGGAGCUAUUUUCAUUAAAAAACCCUGGAACGAAUUUAGACGUAAAUGCAAAAUUAAGUAAUACAAAGAAAAAAAGUAGAAUGUAUUCAAAUGCAAGUUGCUCGACUGAAAAUGGUGUUUGGGCAGUUGAUGAGCUUUGGGGGAAUCAAAAAGAAGAGGAAGAUACUGAAUUCGAGCAAUAUAUUGAACAACACUCUGUUAAAAAAUUUCUUUACUCAAACACCUAG